AACCAUAGGCAAACGUUCCUUGUGGAAAAGUUCUAAGUUCUUUAGCUUGUUUGUGUUCAUGGAAUUCAGCUGCAACUAAAUGUUUUGCAAAAAAGACUUAAUGUGAAUGAUUUUUUAACUUAUUGGAAUCAAAACUAGGAAUUGGACUUGAUAAUCAGAAUCGGAAUCGCUAAACACCCAACCCUAUAAUCAUAUUUCAUAUUUCAUAUCAAAGAAACCUGCAGGUAACCUGUGAGUGUGCUUCAUGAUGCUCUUCUAUUUCAAAGGCACCAUUUGUUGCUGGGCAACUGGAUUUUUGUCUGAACCACUUAGACAUCUUCACCCCAGUGCUUCUAGGAUUCAACCCCGUACAUAUGGCGAGGAGUGAGCAAAUGCAGGACUGUUCAUUUCACUUUAAAGAUGUUGCAGAGAGGAUGGCUGCAGAGCAGAGACAUAAAAAAGCAUACGUGCUAAAUCCUGUGUUGGGGGCUGAGGCCAUCAGCGGAUCGUCCAGGAUGAAAGGGGGCAGUGCAACUAAAAUCAUUCUGGAAACUGUUCUUCUGGCCGGACAUGAAGCUGCAUUUAGAGACAAGACGAUGACACCUGAAUACAUGUCUGCCUGGAUCACAGCGAGUGAGAUGGUUUAUGACACUACUUACUCACACAGUGAUGAACUUGCAGCCCUUAUUCACAAAGCAGGAGAGAGCCUUCAAAGGAAAGCACAUGUGUACUAUCUCGGAUGGAAAACUCUUGGCAUUAUAGGAAUGACUGAUGCCAGUGAAUGUAUCCCAACAUAUGGAGCAGAUUUUGGUGACAUCAGAGGUUUCAUGAACAACGGUUUCAGCGAAAUGAAAAACAAAGAAGGAGAUCUAUCAUGUUUGGGACCAGAAUUCAUAAUUGGUCACAAGGAUUUUGUGGACACCAUCUUACAUAGCCUGAGUCAAAAUGACAUGAUCUUAUUUCUGUUUACAGUGAAUGAUGACCUACAUGAGGUGAUGGCGCUGGCAAAUCAACUAAGGCAAAGGACAUCUAAUUUGCAUGCAAUUACUCAUGACCUUGAGAAAUUCACCAUUCCCGAAACAGUUUGCCACAUGUUUGAAACAGUCCUGAAUAUCACAUGGCCUUUUUCUUCAGCGAAAGACAACUCAGUUGUAAUUAGACAGCACUGGGAGCUUUCAACCAAAUUGUGUCUUAAUGCAAUCAGCACAGGAGCUCAUGUACUGAAGGGAAAAGUCUACAUGAAUUACAUGAUAGAUCUCAGAGUAACUAACAGCAAGUUGUACAGGAGAGCGAUCAACAUAUUACAGCGGUUCACAGGCUGCUCCAAAACCCAGUGUGAAAGUGCUCUACUGAGAGCCAUCUACAGCACAGAUGACCUGACUGAAGACAUGACAGCAGCAGAUGUCCACACACACACAGAUGCAGCUAACACACGGGAGCGAGUGGUCCCGACUGCACUGGUGAUGAUCCAGAGUGGCUGCACUCAUGCUGAGGCACAGCGUCAUUUGGACCGUCAUCCUGUAAUUCGAGAUGCAGUGAGCGCCUGCCUCAACUCCUCAAAAACAAGAGCACUGUGGACUGAACACACCAUAAAAUGAUGCAGAAAUAUUACAAUAAUGUAUUGGUUUCAUUCAUUCUUUGAAAAUGUGCAAAUUUAAUAAUAAACGAAAAGAAUUAUGACCCAGAUUCUUUUCUGUGAGGUUUACCUACAAAAUUGUUUACUUUAUCCUGUGAUUCGAAAUGAUGCAUUCUCACAAUGAAAGGCCAUUUUUUAAGAUACGGGGUUUUAAGUUGCUUGGCUUUUGUGUAACUGGUAACAAUAAGGUCUCGUUUAUUAACAGUAUGAACUAACCAUGAGCAAUACAUUUGUUACCGUAUUUGUUGAUCUUUGUUAACAUUAGUUAAUCAAAAUAC